AUCGGUUUGAAUAUUACAAGAAUAUUAAAUUCAUUUUUUGACGGCAAAUAUGACAAAAGAGUUCGCCCUAAUUAUGCGGGUCCACCCGUUGAAGUGGCCGUUUCAAUGUAUAUAAUAAGUAUCAGUUCAAUAUCUGAAGUUCAAAUGGACUUUACUUCGGACUUUUACUUCCGUCAGGGAUGGCGUGACACAAGAUUAUCAUUUGAGAGGACGCCUGCAAUCGAUGCACUUUUUGUGGGCGCAGAGGUGUCCGACCGAAUCUGGGUUCCCGACACCUUCUUUGCCAAUGAAAAGUCCGCUCAGUUUCAUAAGGCAACCACUCCUAACACUUUCAUUAGGAUUACAUACACCGGUGAAGUGUUGAGAUCUAUUAGACUAACUGUGACAACUAGCUGUGCAAUGAACUUGAAGUACUUCCCAAUGGACAAACAAACGUGUACUCUUGAAAUUGAAAGCUAUGGAUAUUCAAUGGCAGACAUUAUGUAUAAAUGGGGAAAAGGAAAGGGAUCAGUUGGUAUGUCUGAACAGGUACAGUUACCACAGUUUACAGUUAGAGGUUUGAAACAACACACUAAAGCAGAAAUAUUAAGCACAGGCAAUUAUUCGCGUUUGGUUUGUGAGAUAGAGUUUGUGCGAAGUAUGGGUUACUAUUUGAUUCAGAUCUAUAUUCCCGCCAGUCUUAUAGUAAUCAUUAGUUGGGUGUCAUUUUGGUUGCAUAGGAAUGCUAGUCCAGCUCGUGUCCAGUUAGGAGUGACCACAGUGUUGACAAUGACAACGUUGAUGUCAUCGACAAACGCAGCCCUUCCUAAAGUAUCAUACGUUAAAAGUAUAGAUAUUUUUUUGGGCACUUGUUUUACAAUGGUUUUCGCGUCAUUGCUUGAAUAUGCGACCGUUGGUUAUAUGGGUAAAAGGAUAGCUAUGAGAAAAACCCGAUCCCAACAAUUGGCUAAAAUGGCUGCCAUUGAGAACAAAAAGAAGUCGAUGGAUACCAAUCUGGAGCCCCGAUCAUCCAUUUAUCCCAUCCAGUCGUCGCCAUUCAAUCCAUGUAUUCCCAGACCAAGAAAUAUAAGUGGAAUGCCGGAUAUACGUUAUCGGAUGGUUGAGACCAAAACAUUAAGUCGACCGUCAGUUGAUUACAAUCCUAAGAAAAAAGUAUCGAUUGUUGCCGAACCUUCGGAACCCGAAGAGCCGGCCACUCCGGGCUCACCGCCGGCUACUCUUCCUUUAUUAGGCUCUAGAAAUCCAAACACAUUGUUUGGUGUCUGUCCGAGUGAUAUCGAUAAGUACUCAAGAGUGGUGUUUCCCGUUUGCUUUCUAUGUUUUAAUUUGAUGUAUUGGGUUAUAUAUAUGCAUAUAAGUGAAUUUCUCAUAACUGAUGAACAGGGAGCCAACUGA